AUGGUUCUCGAUGAGGAUAAUGAGAAACAGAUGAUCUUAUUAAGAAAAAAACGUGGAGUGGUGAAGGCCUCAUUAACACGACUUCGUAAUUUUGUAAAGGAGUUUGAUCACAAUGAACAGUCAAUCUCUCUCCUCGAGUUUCGUCAAGAAGAAUUACCUAAUAUAAAUAAAAAAUUUGACGCAGUUCAAUGUGAAAUUGAGUUAAUUACGGAAGAACCAGAGAAGGAAGAAGAAGAACGAGCAUUAUUUGAAAGGAACUACUUCGAAACAAGAUCUCAAAUGCAAGAAAUCAUCAACACCCGGAGCUCUUCAAGUACCGUAGGGCCAAAUACAUCGUUUGGAUCGUCAAGCAAUACAAACCGGGUUAGAUUGGCGCCUAUACCUCUGCCCACAUUUAACGGUGACAUUGAAAACUGGGAGGCCUUUUAUGAUGUUUUUCGCGCAUUGGUUCACAAUGAUGAGGGGCUUACGUCAGUACAAAAAUUAUAUUAUUUAAGAUCCUGUUUGAGUGGCCCAGCUUUAGAUAUCGUUAGUUCAAUCCCGAUGGUCGACGGAAAUUAUGAGGUGUUUACCGAACGGCUGAAGCAGAGAUAUGACAACGGAAGCCUCGUGAUACAGACGCACAUACGAGCGCUUCUUGAUGCACCUCGUGUAGAUACCGCUACCAUAGAAGCGUUACAAUUACUACAUUCACAUAUUGGAAGUCAUGUAGCUGCGCUUAAGGCCUUAGGCCAACCAAUAGAACAGUGGGACGCAUGGCUAGUUACUAUUAUUCUAAGGUGCCUUGACAAGAAUACGGCACAUGAGUGGCAGCUUCGACAAGAGGACUCGCAAUUACCCAAGUACAUUGACAUAGAAAGGUUUUUAGCCAGAAGAUGUAUUGCAUUUGAAAAUUCAAACUCGGAAUUACAGUCACGAUCUCAUAGUCAACCAAUGGCAACAGGCCAACACCAAUCAACUAGUAAACAAAGAAGGUCGGAGAAAGCUACCAAAAUGGCAUUUUUAGCCACUGGAAAGGGUCAGACCACAAAAUGUCCAUGCUGCACUGGGUUGCAUAGGAUAUAUGCGUGUGACAAGUUUAAGGAGUUGAGUAUAAAUGAUCGUCUAAAUAUUAUACGAGACACUCAUUUAUGUUUUAAUUGUUUGUCCGCGUAUCAUACAACGAAAACAUGCAAGUCAAACGGUUCAUGUGGAGAGUGUGGGUUGAAGCAUAAUACUCUACUACAUUUCUCAAAAAGUGUAUCCGAUGACCAGAAAUUUAGCAAUACAAGUGAAGGAGAAUCAUCUGCAACUGGUGCGUUAUCAGCUACCUUAUGGUCAUCAGGGAACCGUUAUGCAUUUUUAGCUACAGCACAAGUGAUCGUCAAAAAUACAAAUGGAAUGCAGUUCAAAUGUCGUGCCGUGUUAGACAGCGGCGCUCAAGUGAAUUUUAUAUCUAAAAGGUUACAAAACGUACUUAAACUAUCAGGAGAAAGGGUUGCAUUGCCAGUGAGUGGAAUCGGUUCAAGCAGAACACAAUCGACUACAAGGGUAGACAUCAAGGUUUGUUCCCGAGUAUCACCAUUCCAAGCCAACAUAUCAUGUUACGUAUUACCAUCAAUUGUCAACACCUUAUCAUCGAGUACAAGACCCUCAGACGGCUGGGGAAUCAAAAAAAAUAUACUCUCACAGUUAGCUGACCCUCAGUUCGACCAAGCAGGUACCGUCGAUAUGUUAAUGGGUGCAGGAAUAUUUUUUGAGUUGUUAGAGUCAGAAAGGAUUCCGCUUCAAACUGGUAAUCUCACAUUACAAUCCACAAAAUUAGGCUGGGUUAUGACCGGAGAGUUUAACGUUAAUUGCUUAGUGAGUAUUGGAGCGUCAUUAGAAGACGAAUGGCGAACAAUGAAAACAGAUCAAGGAUUGUUCGGUAGGUUAUCCAAGGCCAAUAAGCGUCAUGUAGAAGAACAGGAAACGGUACAACAUUUCGAAAAAACUGCCACCAGGAGAGCUGAUGGUCGGUUUGUUCUCCGUCUACCUGUAAAACCAGAAGUUAGCCAACUAGGCGAUAGCAUAUCUAUGGCCAUGUCACGCUUCAUUAGCGUUGAAAGAAGAUUAUCACGAGAUGAACAACUACGUACCGAGUAUGUAAAAUUCAUGACACAAUAUUUAGAAAUGGGUCACAUGGAGGAAGUAAUUGAAAACGAAAUUCCAACAUCAAGGCAAUUUUACUUACCACACCACGCAGUGGUCAAAACGGCCAGUCUAACUACAAAGGUACGAGUAGUUUUCGACGCAUCAGCUAAGAGCUCAUCAGGACUAUCUUUAAACGAUGUCCUAAUGUGUGGUCCGAGUAUCCAAGAAGAAUUGUUUUCGAUCUUAUGUCGGUUUAGAAGUCAUCAGUUCGUUAUCACUGCGGCUACGUAG